AUGCAUUUUUCCACACCCCUUAAAUCAUCAUCGCAUUGCAUGCCCUCGCCAGAUGGGACGCUCAUCGCCACACUGCUGCCGUCCAGCAUCACAGUACGGGCCAUCGCAUCGUUCGACGUCGUCCGGACAGUCAAACUCCCCUCAGAUCUCGCCGGCGGUGUGACAAGCCUCACAUGGUCGCCGUCAUCUAGCAGAAUCCUCGUCGCUGCUGCAGACCAGCUUCAUUUCUUCUCUGCGAAAGACGGGGGCUUCCAUGGCGCCGUUCGUUUUCCCUCAUCAUUGGCCUCCAAGCCAACUCACGUCGAGUGUGGUGCCACCGACAACGAAGCCUGCGUCUGGUCGCCCUUGGGCCUCAAGCUGACUAUCGUCAAUCUCGCGUCAUCAAAGGCAGUCGAGAUCAGCAACCCCAAGCUCUACAACGCCGCGUCUGCACACAAGGGAUAUUCGUUCCGGCCGCGCACGCAUCAUCUGGCGUUGCUUACAAGGACUGAUGGCAAGGACAUGGUUAGUAUUCAUUGUCCAGAGACCAGAGAGAUACAACGAUCAUGGCAGCCCAACACCAUCGACGCCCAGGGCCUAGCUUGGACCCCAGAAGGAAGGUGGUUGGUCGUGUGGGAAACAGCCGCGCAGGACUACAGGGUCAUUUUCUACACCUCCGAUGGCCACGUCUUCAAGGACUGGCGUGGGCCCCUCGUGCAUGCACCUGAAGACAUGGGUCUUGAGUACGGUGCAGGAGUCAAGACUCUGGCUUUCAGCCCAAAUGGCCGACACACGGCAAUAGCCAGCGGUUCCCGUUGCAUUUUCAUGUUGAACGGCCAAUCUAUGGUAGACGAGAUGAGCCUCCGUCAUCCUCAGACAGUGAAGCCUAAGGAUACACUGCAGGUUUGGCAGGAACACAUUAAGCUAUCAACUGCCGGCGCAUUGCCAACGACGUUUGUGCGAGCCACCCAAGCUGUCAGUCCACCAGCUGCAUCGUCGAACAACAUGCAAGACGUGCGAUCUGGCUGCAAUCUUGCCAAGUUCGACUCUUCGUCGACCCUGCUUGCUACCAGGCUGGAGGAAGCGCCAAGUACGAUCUGGAUCUGGGAUGUCCCCACCGCGGAACUACGAGCUGUGAUCAUGUACCACUCGUCUGUAUCCAAAGUAGAGUGGCAUCCUGACCAACCAGAGCUGCUCCUGAUGAGAUGCGAGGGUGACAACUACGGCGGUGUGUUAUUCGUCUGGGAUCCCCUUAGCGGCGGCCCGCGUUCGAUCGACUUCGCACGCCACUGGCCGGGAAAAACCGAUGACGCUCUCCCAUGGAGACAGCAGUCAGAGCCACCAGCAGACGCUGUGGCUACAGCUGAUGAUGCAGAGGACGACAGCAGUAUUGACAUGGACGAGGGUAUGAGUGAGCUGGACGACACGUUCCAGUUCAAGAAAUGA